UUCAAUUCGAUCUGAUGCCAAUUAGCCCUGAACAAGAAGCUCUUGAAGCGCAGAAGGAUGCGCAGGAAAUGCACAGGUAUGCGGUAUGGGGCCUCCUACCAGAGAAUGCGAACACAAGGAUCAAGAAGGUGAUGGAGGCGCUCCGGGAAGAAUAUGGUGGGCCGGAGAUCGAGCCCCACAUCACCAUAGUCGGAUCCUGCCUAAUGACGGAAGAUGAAGCGAUCGGCUCAUUUAGAGAAGGUUGUAACUCGGUCAAGCAAAUCUAUUGCAAAGUCGAAAACUUCGAGACUAGUAAAUUCUAUUUCCAGUGUCUUUCUCUCGUCAUGGAAAUAACCGAGGACCUAAAGGCUCAAACUCGUUGGUUUGCCGGUUGCAUGAAUCGCCCCUUCCCUGCUAUGCCACAUUUGAGCCUCCUAUAUGGGAAUUUGACAGAUGAAGAGAAAAAAAAAGCUAAAGAGAAAGUUCUUGCUAUGGAUGAGAGCAUUGCUGGACUAACAUUCCUCUUAAGUAGGAUGGCAUUGUACAGAGUCAACUUUGCUGAUAGAACUCAAAAAUCCUGGGAGAGGAUUCUUGAGGGCCACCUUCGAGUCAACUGA